UUGAUUUGUUGCACCAACGGAUGCGGUAGAGGGGAAGGAGUUGAGCGUUGCGCCGGCGGAAGCGGUCGUGGGGAAGGAGUUGAGCGUUGCGCCAGCAUGGAGGAAGCUUCAGGGAGAAAGAAACGCGGUAAAAGUGAAGUCAAUGAAGCUGAGCUGCUGACAGUACCAGAAGGAUGGAAGGAGGAACCAUUCACAAAAGCAGACAACAUUUAUGGCCUGUUGGAGGAGAGCAGUUUUGCUACUCUCUUCCCCAAAUACAGAGAGGCCUACCUGAAAGAAUGUUGGCCUUUGGUGCAAAACGCUCUGAAAGAAUAUUAUAUUGCAGCUACAUUAGAUUUGAUUGAAGGUAGCAUGACUGUUACCACCACAAAGAAGACAUUUGAUCCAUUUACCAUCAUUAAAGCCAGAGAUCUGAUCAAACUUUUGGCAAGAAGUGUUCCUUUCGAGCAAGCUGUCCGUAUUUUUCAGGAUGAUGUGGCAUGUGACAUAAUUAAGAUUGGCUCGAUAGUUAGGAAUCGUGAACGGUUUGUGAAAAGAAGAUUGAGACUUAUUGGGCCAAAAGGGUCAACGCUUAAGGCUUUGGAACUGUUGACCAACUGCUAUAUUAUGGUGCAAGGAAAUACUGUGUCAGCACUAGGACCGUACUCUGGACUGAAAGAGGUCAGAAAAGUAGUAAUUGAUACUUUGAAGAACAUCCAUCCAAUCUACAAUAUCAAGACUUUGAUGAUUAAACGAGAAUUAGCAAAAGAUACAGAGCUUAGAACACAGAAUUGGGAGCGAUUUCUGCCUAAGUUCAAGCACAAGAACCUAAACAAACGCAAAGAACCAAAGAAGAAGAGGGUAAAGAAAGAGUACACACCUUUCCCACCACCACAACCAGAAAGCAAGGUGGAUCAGGAACUGGCCACUGGUGAAUACUUCCUCAGAGAGAAAGACAGGAAGAAAAAGAAAUUACAUGAAACAAAGGUAAAAGAAACAGAGGCAGUAGCUAGGCGGAAGGAAGAAAGAAAUAAAGCGUUUAUUCCUCCUAAAGAAAAACCUGUGGUUAAAGUGAAAAAAGCUGUAGAAACAAAAAUCAACAUUCAAGCUCUUAAAGAGAAAGUGAAAACGGCCAAGAAAAAGAAGCUGGGGGCCCCAGCAGCAGAGGAAAUUGCUCAGAAAAUAGCUCAAAAGGAGAAGAAAAAGAAGAAAUAAAUUGACUUAUUCUCCAGCUCUUCCGCCAUGCUUUUGACAAGCAUGGUUAGGCUAUUGGAAUUAUCCAAUUUGCAAUGCCUAAAAACAAAGUUAUUCUCGUUGAGGCUGUUGGUUUAUUUUUCACAACAUUAAAUUCCUCAUUUCUCUGGUCUGCCAAUGCCAAGGGAGGCAACAGAGCAAAGCCAUUGAUAGUUAAGGAACGAACUGGCUCUUGUGGACUUAGACCAGUACUGUUCAUAAUUUCUCGGGCAUCUCCUAGUUCCAUAGGGCUCUUAUCAAUAGGAGCAAGGCCUGUUAGGAGUUGCUCUUAACUGAGCUCCAAGUGCUUCUCUGUCUACUCGAUGGAAUUCUGAACUGGUUCAUGAAGAGGGACACCAUGCUCUUUUUUUAAUCAGACUUGAUGACAAUGUAGUUGGGAAAAAGAUCCACUUCAAAGAUUGCACAACACUAGCAGCUUUCAACUAAUAGUUGCAAUGAGUAAAAUCUUCUACAAGUACACUCAAGUUUUUUGGACUGUGUCACUUGCCUUUAAACCUUAACGAUUGGGUACACUGCUAUCAGAAACUUGCAUAUGAAUUGUCUGAAAUGCACUGUGUUAUGAAAUUGCCCAAAUUCCAACCUUAGAAAAUUUGUGUUCCAUACUUUUCAUCUCAUUUAUUUCCACAGAAAUGGGAUACAAUCUAAUGUCAAUCUGUCAAGAUGAAAACACCUUUCUCCUUAAUUCAUUGGCAUUAGAAAUAAAACCUUUUAUAGAUUUCAAGACUGUGAAAAGUGUGUUUUAGGGUUGAACUGUUCAGUUUGUGUUAUUUACAGAACCAUGUAGAGUAAUGCUCUGAGAUAUUUCUAUUAUGCUAUUUUAUACACAGGCCUGUGUUGUAUAAUAUCUAAAAUUAUAUCUUUGAUUUCU